AUGAUGCUCUUCGGUCAAAGUGGACUUUUGGUGGCUCUUGCAGCGUUGGCGGCUGCCGCGCCGACCCAGCUCGCUCCUCGAGCGGUCUCUUCGGGUACUUUGAAUCAGUUGACCCUCUUCGCGCAGUACUCGGCAGCCUCGUACUGUACGAACAACGUCAACUCUCCGGGAGAUGCUGUCACUUGCUCGGGAGGCUACUGUCCUGCAGUGCAGUCCGCGGGCGCAAAGACUCUGGCCGAGUUUAAUAACGUUCUCGAUUACGGCGACGUGGCUGGCUUCCUGGCCGUAGACAGUGCGAACAAGCUGCUGGUCCUCUCUUUCCGGGGCAGCCGCACGGUCAGCAACUGGAUUGCCAACCUGGACUUUGAUCAAACUGACGCCAGUAGCCUUUGUGUUGGCUGCAAGGCUCACUCGGGCUUCCUUCGGGCCUGGUCGGUUGUUUCGGACGAUGUGAUGCCCGCGCUGACCAGCGCCAUGGCCAAAUACCCGGGCUUCAGGCUGGUCCUGACCGGCCACAGCUUCGGUGGUGCAGUCGCCGCACUUGGUGCCACCGCGCUGCGCAAGGCGGGAUACUCCUUGGACCUGUACACGUACGGUCAACCUCGCGUGGGUAACACUGCGCUGGCCACUUACAUGACCAACCAAGGGAGCCUAUACCGAGUCACUCACUCCAACGACAUUGUCCCCAAGCUGCCUCCCACCUGGCUCGGCUACACCCACGCCAGCCCUGAGUUCUGGAUCACCAGCGGUGACUCUGCCGGGGUGACCGCCAACGACAUCACGCAGAUCAACGGGAUAGGGUCCAAUGCUGGGAAUGCCGGAUCAGAUGGAGAUAGCAUUGCCGCGCACAAUUGGUACAUUGUGAACAUCGAUGGCUGUCAAUAA